GAUAAGAUUGACAACAUAACCAUAAGGUAUGCUCUCCAUAAAAUUGAAAUACUACUGACCCUCUGUUUCCCUGUCUAGGUCAUCGCUACAUGUCAGAACUACUUGAUGUAGCAAACAAGAAAAAGCAUGCUGCGAGAAGGCGCGUGAUGCCGGCGCCAAUACAAACGAUGCGAUUACACACGGACAAAGUGUCGGUAGUCGCAUUCCUCAAUGACGGUCAGCGGGUCGUCACUGGUUCAUGGGACUACACCCUGCGAAUAUGUGACAUACAGAAAGGAACAGUGGUAGGCGGGUCAUUCGUGGGACACAGUAACAAGGUGUUUUCAGUCGCGGUAUCGCCAGACGACAGGCAAAUCGCGAGUGGUGGAAAAGAUAACAAUAUUAUCAUCUGGGACGUCGAGAGCAGGCGGUUGCUAUUUGACCCACUGACGAAGCAUACAAAUUGGGUGUCCUCGGUGUGCUUCUCCCUCGAUGGCAAGAGGCUCGCAAGCGGGUCAUAUGAUUCGACAGUGAUCAUAUGGGAUGCAGAAACCGGCGCUGUGCUCUCAACACUCCAGGGUGAUCGAGGCGGGGUGUCGAGUGUCGCAUUCAACCCGGAUGGUUCAAAAUUAGCAUCCGGAUCAUUGCGUAGCAUCCAGGUUUGGCGCACAGAUAACGCCGAACUUAUUUUCGAGAUCAACGCUCAUGAAAAAUGGGUCCUCAGUGUUGUGUGGUCGCCUGAUGGCCAGCAACUUGUCUCUGCAUCAUACGACAAAACAGUCAAGUUCUGGGACUCCUCGAAAGGGCACCAGAUCGGUCAACCUUGCACCAGUCACACUUCCAACAUUAACUCGCUCGCCAUCUCUUCUGAUGGCUCCUUUAUUGCAACUGUUUCGGACGACAGGACCGUCCAAAAUUGGAGCACAAAGUCACACCAGAAGAUAGGAGAACCACUCAAACACAUCGUAGACGUUACAUGUGUCUCCAUUUCUCCCGACGCAGAAUUGGUCGCGGUCGGAGACCUCUAUGGCGAGAUUCAGUUAUGGUCCAUCAAGAACACACUUUCGGCAGCAGUCCAGUUGUAUUCCUUGUCUGACUCUUACUUUGCACACCGCAGUAAGGUGAAGUUGAAGCGAAACCUCUAUCACGAGGCCCUUUCGGACGCCCAAAAGGUUAUCGAGCUCAACCCAUCGUCUUACCUUGGGUACAAAUUGAAGCAUGCAGCUCUUUAUGAAGUACGGCGCUAUGAUGACGCAAUCGAGUCCUUCAAGAUCAUGCUUUCCAAGUUGGAUAAUGCACUCGACUCACAGAUACGACAGUUACGCCAGCAAUAUGUCAGUCCGUCUGAAGUAGAAGAUGCUAUUCGGCAAGCUGUUCAUGCUCACCUAGAAAAUGCACCACUCCGUCUAAUCCACACUAUCACUGGGAAGCUAUGUGAUCGACAGGCACAGAUCAAUACCUUCAAGACAAGCAUGGAGUACAAGGAGAUCUUGUCAUCAUCAAUGCUGCAUAGGCACCUUCAAACGGAGCCCAUCAGAGAAGCGGUUGUGAAGUACUUCAGCUGGGUCAUGUUAUCUCACAGGUGGGAAACCAAGGAGCCGCGGCUGCACGAAAUUCAGGACAAGGACGUGUACACAUUACGUCCAGUUGGAACUAUAGUGAAGUUGCAGAAGUUCUGCAAAAUCGCUCGCGAUGCGGGGUAUUCUUGGGCGUGGAGCGAUACAUGCUGCAUUGACCAGAAUAAUAACGUCGAGGUCCAAGCAUCAGUCAACUCCAUGUUCGUCUGGUAUCACAACUCGGCACUCACCAUUAUCUAUCUAUCGGACGUUUCUCCUUCGUCAAAGUGCACACUGGCAAAGAGCGUUUGGAACACACGAGGAUGGACUGUUCAGGAGUUCCUCGCUCCUACAAUUGUUCUCUUCUACCAAGCGGACUGGACCCUGUAUCUUCACGACCACUCACUCAACCACAAGGAGUCUGUCAGUAUCAUGGAGGAGUUGGAGCGUUCAACUGGUAUAAAUGCACAGGCGCUCGUUGCCUUCAGCCCGGGGAUGAGAAAUGCCCGAGAGAAACUUCAAUGGGCAUCAUGCCGUGUUACGACAUUACAGGAAGACAUUGCGUACUCAUUAUUUGGCAUUUUCGGCAUCCAUCUACCUGUCAUCUACGGAGAGAAGAAACAAAACGCGCUCGGACGUCUCUUGCAGGAGAUCAUCGCUCACUCGGGUGAUAUCACAGCCCUGGACUGGGUUGGACAGUCAUCCAGCUUCAAUAGCUGUCUGCCAGCCAACAUUGCCUCGUACAGAGCCCCAUCAUGCACACUGCCAUCUCUAUCCGAAGACGAGAUUCAGGCAUCGGUCUCCUCACUGCGAAAUAAUGUGGCUCAGGAGUCGGCUUUGAAACUCUACACCACCCUUGACAAUCUCAGUGCUCCUCGCUUCGCCAACUGCAGACUGCGCCUGCCUUGCAUCACAUUUCCACUCACAAAAGUCAAACGAAGCGCCGGUACGCCUUGCACCUAUCAUAUAAAGGCAGACGGACUCCAGGACCUGGAAAUCACAACGGCGGACACGCUGGUUCAAUUUUGGCCUGGAAAGCCCACUUCACAGAAAUUUUUGCUCAUCCGUCCGUGGAAUCGUCAUGAUCUUGGCCUGCCCGACUUUGCAGACGAGAUGCACAGCGCGGAUGAUGGGCCUGAGCCUGGGUCUCCAUCAGACGAUCCACUCGGCUUAUCUCCUUUAGAUAAUGAGCCGGCUGGUUUGCGGUCUCUUACUCGAGAACCGAGCUUACUCAUUCGCCUCACACAGCAAUUGGGCGCACUUUGGCUAGGGCAGCAGGAACAGGCUGAUUCGCGAUCUCACACGCGAGAAUUGGGGUUGGUUGUUCGCCUUGGGCAGCCUUUUACUGCACUUUUACUGGCACAGCAGCGGGGUGGGGAGUAUAAGAGAAUUGCUUCGGAAUGCAAUAUCAUUGCACAAGUCAGGGACAUGGCUUGUGUCGAUGAUAUGAUGAAUGUCAGGACAUUAGAGAUAUUAUAGUUGCAUUUUCGUUGAACAACGGGGAACUUUUACUCAUUUUCACUCAUAUCUCGACAGGCCCUGCAAGGAAAAUCGUAUCGUAUCGUAUGGCAGGCAAGUAGAUCACUCAGCUGUAUAAAUGAAUUGUCAUUGAGAGCGCUAGGCUAGACAGUCUUGUAAAUUUUCGCAUCCUUACCCUACCAGAG